AUGAAGGUCGUAUUUCUGAUCGCCGUGGUUGCUCAAGCCCUGGCCGCGCCCGCGCCCCCCGCGCCCUCCGCAACCCCCGCUGCCAGCCCUCAGCCGGUGCGGGAGAAGCGAUCCAGCUACGGCGGCUACGGAGCAGCCCCUGUCAGCUACGCGCAGGCGCCGUGCGGCUCCGCACCCAUCGCCGUGGCCGCGCCCUCCACCUACGCCAUCAACGUACCAACCCACGGCUCCUAUGGCUACCAGCCGCACCACGCGCCCGCCUACAGCUCCUACGGUGCACCUGCCUACAGCCACGGCUACGGACAGCACUACCGCGACGGCAGCAUGGAGGAGGAAGAGAUGAUGAGCUUCCCGGAUAUGGAUCACAUGUCGAUGGCUCGCAGCUACGGGUACGCGGCGCCGCAAUACGGGGCUGGUCCGGGGGCUGUCGGUCUGUUCCCGAAUGCCAACGUGGGCGGCUGCGCGGUACCGCUGCUGCUGAGCUGCUCACCGCGCGUGGUGCAGGGCAGGAUGGUGCACCACCAGCAGUCGCAUCAGCCGCAGCCGCAGUACGUGGCGACCCCGGCAGUGGCCACCAGCUACGCCCCGGUGGUGGGGGCGGGGUACCGCGCGGAGGGACACCCUGAGGCACCCCACUCCGGGGAGCACAGCGAGCCCCUGCACGACGCCUCCCAUGAGAAGCACGAGGCCCAGCACGGCGUACAAUCCUAG